AUGGAUGAGGGGGCGGAAGAAAGCGGAAGGGGCAGCGUGGAGAGCAACGGCAAUCAUGCCUUCCCAAACCACCUUGUAAGUUCAAGUAAAUAUAUUAACGGGCAUUUGUACAAAAAGAGCAAAGAUGUCUCCAUGCAAAACGGUAACAGUAACGGUAACGGUAAUGGAUUCAUCGUGGGUGGGAUAGGUGGUGCCCCCAUUGAAUAUGAGACCGCAACAGUUAGUACCUCACGCAUUGGUGAGGAAGGUAACUAUUUUCAUCAGAACGAAUGCAAGGGGGGUAUUCCCCAUGGGGAGUCUGCUGGUCAUCGCAGUGACAUACCCAACGGGGAUGGAAUCAUCAAUAUGAAUGGGUCCCUCAAUGGAAGUGACGCCAAUCAUCUAUCAUACAACAGCUACGCAAAUAAGCUUGCCAAUAUGGUAGAUGCACGUUCCAGUCACCAUGUAAAUGGAAAUAUAGACCCAUGUCACAACGGAAGUGAAGUCCAAGGUGAAAUCAGUAAACAUGCCAUUGGCUCCGUUAACAGUAUGAAUGAGAGCAUGCAUCCACAAGCAAAGUAUGAGAAAUUUCUCGGGGUACAAGAAGUAGGUUAUUCUGGAUCCCCCUUUCAUGAGUUCGAUAAGCCCAUGCAGGAAAAUGUAGACGUGGGUUUCAUCAACUCAAUGAAAAAUCCAGGGGAGAUACAUUUUAGAAAUGGCAACUUUGAGGAGGCACAUGGACCAAGUGAAGACUACCACCACUCCUCCCAAAGUAAUGGAACGAGUGCACCUACCCGCAGCGAACAAGUUCCAAAUGGGUACAGUGAAAAUAAAAUAUUUUCCAAUAAAACGGAUAACUUAGUUCAAAUGAAGAAGAAAAAAAAUGUUACCUUUACGAGCCAGGACGACGUGUUUAGCAUUCCCCCGGGGGUGAACAAGGAGGACUCCUUCGGCUAUUACGCAAAUGGUGUUAUGCCGAAUGGUGUUAUGUCUAAUGGUGUUAUGUCAAAUGGUGUUAUAUCGAAUGGUGUUAUGCCGAAUGGUGUUAUUUCUAAUGGUGUUAUGCCGAAUGGUGUUAUAUCGAAUGGUGUUUUAUCGAAUGGUGUUAUGUCUAAUGGUGGCUGCGUCGUGGAGGAAGAGCAACAGAUCCCCGGUGGAAGUACAAACGUUAAGGAAACACACGGAAGUGUUUACACCACCAACGGGAACGACCCCACUGGUGACAUGUAUAACUUCAUCACGCUAAAGCAGAACAACCAUACCUACCACCCGAACAGCGUCAACAAUAAUUACAUAGAAUACGACAUGAACAAUAACGGACCUUUCUUCCCGAGCAUGUCAUCCGGAUUGAAAAGUGACUUAACGGGCAACAACACCUUCGUUGCGAAUGAAGUAGGCACCGUUGGGGGAAACGUGAACCCUCCUCCAGGCGGGGUGGACAUUUCUUCACCGAAUGGUCAGCCCAUGCAGCAGGGGGCCUACAGCGUGUGUAGCACCGGUCCGCACGAGUGGGUGUAUAGACAGAACAGUCACCGUGAGGAUCAGCCCGGAAAUGUACCAAACGGAGAUCUGUCCGGCCAAGCCCCCAUUAGUGAAAACCCAGUGAACCAACAGGAGGCAAAUCCAAACGCAGGGGGGGCAAACUAUUUCACCCCACAAGUACCAAACGGAACCGGCACAACAGUCAACGUCAUGUAUAAUAGUAGCAGUUACAACUCCAAUGUGGGAAAGUGGAAGGGUCCUCCGUUGAGUGGCGAACCGAUGAAUAGAGGUGCUCUAAAUAAGAACGACAAAAGCGCCACCUUAAACGGGAAGGUAAAACAAACAACGGAACAAUAUAAAGGAAACGUCCGUCCGAAGAAUGUAAGCUUUAGUAAAAAAAUGGUUUCCUCCAAAAGUAAGGAGAGGACGAAAUUUUCCAACUAUCCUUCCAAUGUUGUGAAUCCAUCCGGCUGGAUUAACCAACCACACACGCUUGGUGCUAACAUGCUUCCACAGGAUGGUGCACUCAGGCAUGUAGUUCACGGGGGAAACAUGAAUAGUAUGAACGGCGUGAUCUGCAUGGGUGGUGUCCCCCAAAGGGGAAACGAAAUGGUCGACGUGAAAAACCAAUUCGUCAUGAGAUACCUCAGUGACGUGGAAAAGACAUAUCAAAUAAGGGAAAGGAUCAAGCAGUACGAAAAUAAAGUUAGUAAGAACAGGACAAACAUCAGGCAAGCAAGUGGAGCAUUAGGAAGAAGGGGCAACUCCAGCAGCCUGCUAAAUUACUACAACAUAUUGGAGCUGCUUUACCAGUCCAGUGUAAAAAAAAAAAACUUGAAUGACAGACGGAUCAGGACUUUGUUUAUAUUAAAAAUAUCGAACGGAGGAGAAAAAAAAAAAAAAAAAAUUUACCUCUUCGAUGCAACCACUCUGCGUCGGUUGAACAAGCAGGUAGACCUGUAUAUUGACUUUGUUGAAAAGCGACAGUACAGAAGCGACUUAGCAGCUCAGUUGCGGAGGUGGAAUGGCGACCAGGCAGGGAAGCCCCACGAAAAGGAAACUAUAGGUCAAGGAUCGAUUGAUGUAAAGUCGAGUGAUGUAACGGCGAGUGAGAAAAAAUCAAAUGAGAGAAGACGGAACAGUGGGAAAGCGCGCACGCAAAGGGGGGUUCACAUCCAGUCGAAGUUUAUACAAAAUCUGCUGAGCAGGAAGUCCAACCUGUAUUGCAGCUCCCCCGUGAAUGUGGACCAGGUGCAAAGUGAGAACUUCUAUUUCCAGCAUGCGUUGAAGCAGGUGAACUACCUGUCCAAUUUGCUCAUUUACGUGCACUUCAUCCUUUUGAAGUACGUAUCGAUCUUUUCCCUCUCUGAGUGGAACGCCCUGCUGUUUCGUGACAUCGAUUCGUUUAACUGGGCCAAGUGGGGGCCCUCCUCCGGGGAAGCAGCCGAAGUAAAGAACGAAGUAAAGAACGAAGUGGCGGAAGCCGCAGAUACGAUGAACGAUGCCCCUCCGAUUGUCGAACCGAUGGUCACAGAAAAUGAAAAAAACACAAGUAGCAAUGUAGCGGAAAAUGACGCGGUUACGGGGCAGCCGGGUGAAGCCCUCCCUGACGCAAAGACGACGGAAAAGCUGAACCCGCUGUUCAUCAACAGAGAAAACAUGAUAGACAUAAACUACUACGAGCAUGUUAUAGAACCCUUCGACUUUUACUUCUACGAAAAUGUAUACAAUGAGAUAUGCACCUACGUGCAGAUGAGUAGGAAUAAUGGGGUGGUCACCGAAGGGGGUGCUGCCUCCAACGCGACGGAGCAGCUCUUGAAGAACCUGCCAUACCAGUAUUAUGAGUUCGUAGAGAUCCUGAACAAAGAAAUCAUGAAUGUGAGGGACCUAAUCUACCGAAACAGAUACAUCCGCUACAUCUUCUACUACAUCUAUCGGAACAACAACGGUGACCUCCUAAACUCAGUGAAUCAUAUUUUCCAAACGGAGAAGAAGAAAGUUGAGUUGUACAAACUACAAAUGAAGACAAGGUAUAACAUCUUUUUGUCCCGUUUUUUUGAGCAUGAAUACGUUAUUGUAAAGUGCCCUGGUAGGGAGAAGAGGGAGGAUGAGGAAUUCGAGUCCUGUGGGUUGAACUUUAUCGAGGCAAAGGAAAAGUUAUUCACGUGUUUGUUUUCAAAGUAUAGGGAGUACUACUGUGCGUAUCAGGCAAGGGUGCAGCGACUACGGGAGGGCACAAGGAGGGCCCUAGGCAUUCCCGACGUGAGGUUCCCCUACUUUAGGAAGAAAAUCGCCUUUUACUCUGAGCAUUUCGAGGAUUUGAAGCGGCGUUUUGCAAACCCGGUGGGGAAGACGCUGGAAGAGGGGGAUGCUUCGUCGGAUGAGUCUAACAUGACCCACCCCCAUGAGCGGCACAAACUCACCUUCGACGUGGCAUACCCAUACGUGGAACACCUGUUCAAUAAGAACUACGCCCUUAUCAUAAACAGCGAGAAAAACAACUCCAGGAAGUUGAAGGCCGCCUAUAUUGUGAAUCGCAAUUUGAAGGAGAAAGAAAACCUCGUUAUCGUGACGUCCGUCGUAAACAUCAUAAAGUGGAAAAGUUUGUUUCAAUCUUUUCAGAAUGUGACUGUCUACCUGAGUGAGGAGAGCAUUCUAGAAAACAAGAUAGAAACGGAGGAAAAAAACUUAAUCAUUUGUGUGGAUUUUUUGCCGAAGAUUCUACACGUCCCCUGUGAUGUCAUCAUCCUGGACAUGUCCCAUUUUAACUUGUUAAACCGAAUUAGCAUUUUAAAUGACCUCCGUUUUUUGAACUUUUCCAGGAGGAUAAUUAUUCUGAACAACGUGUUGGAUGAGAAUUGGAGUUUGUUGUCGUCUCUUUUUUUUCUCAACAGUGCCCUCUUCGACAGUACAAUAAUUUCGAGGAUCCAGCUAAGUCAGAGUGAGGAGGACAAAAAAAUUUUGACCAACCUAAUGAGGAGCUUCGUUGCGUACUUUUGUGUCAUCAACAGGGAGAGGGGGGACCCACCAAGGAGUGAUCGUACCGGUGAAGUGGUCACCGAUGUGGGGAGAGUGGUACCCCCGGAAGAACCCACUCACGCGAUGAACAAACGGUGCUUCCUCAUAACCUACAUGAGCGGCAUACAAAAGUUCAUCUAUGACAACGUGAGCGACCAGGACAAGUGGGACGCCUCCGUGCAUCCGUUGCUCCUCCUCGACGAAAGCAACUUCUUUCUGAAAGAUUUUAACAUUUCCGAAAAAUUUGAUCUGCUGAAAAAUAUCAUUAAGAAGUUUCACAUGCUGAAGAAGCGGAUCCUUCUGUGUUACUCUGGGAAGGACAAAUUAGAGAAGUUAAUACAGAUCCUCCUAUACGUGCAUUCGCUGAACGACGCUUCCAGUGUGUCCUCCUUCGACGUAGAAAGGGAUAAGGACUCCCUAAACAUACAACAGUACGAUGUGGCAGUGGUGGUGAACAACCACAUUGAAUACCUAACCUACUUUGAGAAUAAAGAAAUCGCUUGUUACCUACUCAUUUCGGCGUUCACAAAAGAGGAGGAAGGAAUACUGGACACCUUCAAGCAUAAGAAGGAGGUCCACUUUUACAAGAAAAAAAAGGAAGAGUUAAUGCGAUCGGGUAAAUCCUGCAGGGAUGACAUAUACAGAUAUUACAUCAACAAUAUGCUUUCAGAGAAUGAUGAACAAUUUUUGCUUUUCAAUAUUAUCGACCAGAAGGAGAAGGUCUACUGUAAUACGUCGUAUGACGAGGUGGUGCUUCCUACUUGCUUCGUCUCGACGCUGGCCCACUGUGAGGAGGCCGUUGGGUACUCAGAGUACUGGCAGGACAUAAAGAACGCGCACAGUUUUUGGAAUUUCAACAACUUCAACCGGGACAAGGUCAUCUUCUACCUGGACCGCAACAACACGGUGUAUGACAAGUACCAGAACGUGAUUUACUACUACCUGACCAACCCGAUGAACGAGAAGAACACCUUCAACACGUGUCUCUCCCUGGCGAUCGACGAAAUAAUACAGGAGCUGAACCGGAAGAAGGAGCUGGACGAGUUUGAUGAGAUGAAGAAACUGACUCUACUGAACAUUAAGGAGAAAACGAGCAAGAAAUAUUUCUCUUCCAUUCGUAAGGUGGAGAAAAUUCUGUCCGAGUUUUUAAAUGAGAACAAGAAGAAGUCCUUCGAGCGCUUUUUGAAGGGCUGCGAGAGCUACGGACAAGUGAUCACCAAGUGUAAAGAGAAGCUGUUCGUUACUUUUAACAAAACGUACAACAUUCACUUUAAGUACUUUGAAGAUUUCUGGCUAGACGAGGAGAAGAAGCGGAGGGAAAAGUGGAAGAAGUUAUGGGAUCUGCACGAGGGGAAGGCGGAGGACAACAAGAGUGACAACCCAUCGGGGGAGAAUAACCCUGGCAAUGGCGCUGACACAAGUGGCAACAACAACGACGUGGAUGACCUCAUCAACAGCAUCUUUAACACCACUGUGGGCGAAAAAAAUGACUCCCAUGAUAACUGCCAAGCAAGCAAUGCCCUCCCUGACAGCGAAAAAACCAAGAACGAGUUAAAUUUUUUGGAGAAGAAAAACUUCCGCAUUAGACUCUCAUCACAGUUAUUUGAUGAAAAGGAAUUCGACCAGCUGUUCAUAGACAGGAAAAGGAUAUGUUUGCCUAAUGGCGACGGGCAAAAGGAAGAUAACAACUCCUGUUCACUCGAGGAGAAGAAGGAGAAAGACAAGAAGACCUGCUUGUACGUCGAACGGAAGGAGGGCGAGGAGCCUUGCCACGUGUAG